AUAAUAGCGUUUUGUAUUAUGAUUUUUAUUUUUCAUGACUUCAUGAGAAAGUACACAUCACAGGUAACAGAGUUCAAAUUAAAGCGUAGUCUACGUGCGCACAUUGACCUCACCUCCACAUUUCGCGCCAGCACGCCGCGUGUGUAUCAGAUUCAGAACUGCGUCGAGCUCCACAAAGCGAGGAACAGCAAUAAACAGUGAAAUCCCACACUAAAAGACACAGCCCAGACAAAAAUGACAUCUAAAAAGCAGAGUUUACUGAGAGAGGCGUCUCAUCAAAUCAUUGCAGGUGGAUCAGCAGGUCUUGUGGAGAUUUGCUUGAUGCACCCACUGGAUGUUGUAAAGACCAGGUUUCAAAUCCAAAGAGGAAAGGGUGACCCAAAUAGCUAUAAAGGACUUGGGGACUGCUUCAGAACUAUAUUUCGCAAUGAGAGACUCUACGGCUUCUACAAGGGAAUCCUUCCCCCCAUUUUGGCCGAGACCCCAAAGAGAGCAGUGAAGUUCUUCACCUUCGAGCAGUACAAGAAGCUCUUGAGUUUUACUCCGUUAUCACCAGGCAUGGCUCUCUCUGUGGCUGGCCUGGGGUCAGGACUAACCGAGGCACUGGUUGUAAAUCCAUUUGAAGUAGUGAAAGUGAGCCUACAGGCCAACAGGGAUUCGUUCAAAGUGCAACCCUCUACAUUUGCUCAAGCUCGAAGUAUUAUAAACGCAGAUGGCUUUGGACUCCGUGGGCUUAAUAAGGGCCUCACCUCCACUCUGGGGCGACACGGUGUCUUCAACAUGAUAUAUUUCGGUUUCUACUUUAAUGUUAAAGACGCAAUCCCUGCCAGUCAGGACCCUCGACUCGAGUUCAUGAGGAAGUUUGCUAUCGGUUUAGUUUCGGGUACCGUGUCGUCCUGCGUGAACAUUCCGUUUGAUGUAGCUAAAAGUCGUAUCCAGGGUCCACAGCCUGUUCCGGGGCAGAUCAAAUACCGCACUUGCUUUCAGACCAUGAGCGUUGUGUACCGUGAGGAGGGAUAUCUUGCUUUAUACAAAGGACUGAUUCCCAAGAUAAUGAGACUUGGACCAGGAGGUGCAGUCAUGCUGCUUGUUUAUGAAUAUGUGUCUGCGUGGCUACAGAAGAACUGGUGAUGAUCUUCACAUCACUGUCAGUAGUUCCCCAAGGGUCUGUACUCAACCCUCCCCACGUUUUAUGUAAAACACAUAACCCUUCCCCAAUAAUCACAUCAUCUUUCAGAUUUCAACAUCAGUUACAUUUCCGCCAACAUGUGACAAUAUCCACUGCGGUUUUCUCACUUAACAUCAAUUUUCAGUGGCGUUCAGGCAUGAAUAAUUAUGUAGACUUUCCACCACUGUCGCUUUUCAACAGCACAAUCACCUUCCUGGAUCUGUUACGUUUCAUGUUUAUAUUUGACAGAACCAAGAGAGAUUUCAGAGCUACCCGUCCACAUGCCUUCAUACUUAACAGCAACACUCCACAGUCCACACCCAAACGGAUUACAUUUACCAACACAAAAUAGAGGAAAAAGAUUCACCAUGUUGUUUUUAACAUAAACCCAUGGCUUUAUUUCUCAUUUCCGUUCAAACACUUUUUCAAAUAAGAGAGGCAUUUACAGUAUCUUCAGAUGGACAACUCAGGACUUUUACUGUAUUAAACGGGUAAAAAAAAACGUUCAUUAGGUUUGACUUUUCAUGUGGGAUUGGUAAGACUGGAGUAUCUGAUAUGCUUGAUGUCUCACAACAAUAGAUUUAAGCUACCCAGUCUCACAAGGUUUUGUGAUAUAGUCUGGUAUUUUUUUUAUUAUUUUUUCGUGAUAUCACGAAUUUCCGUGUUUUUUCGUGAUCGUAUAACAAAUUCCUGUUUUCGUGUAAUUAUCACGUAUUGGUUACUCAACUGCUUUAUUAUCACGAAUUUCCGUGUUUUUUCGUGAUCGUAUUACGUAUUCCUGUUUUCGUGUGAUUAUCACGUAUUGGUUACUCAACUGCUUUAUUAUCACGAAUUUCCGUGUUUUUUCGUGAUCGUAUACGAAUUCCUGUUUUCGUGUGAUUAUCACGUAUUGGUUACUCAACUGCUUUUUUCUAUUUAUAAACCAUUGUCGCUUCGGUUUAGGGUUAGAUUUGGUGCUUGCAUUAGAAUGUCACUUUAUACAUUGGUUUAUACUAUUUUUCUGAUUUCAUUUUUAUAUGUCGUAUGACGUUAGGGUUAGAGUUGGGUUUGGGUAGGGAUGUCAUUUUAUGUAAAUCUAACCCUAAACCAAAGCGACAAUGGUAAGAAAAUAGGACAAAACAGUUGAGUAACCAAUACGUGAUAAUCACACGAAAACAGGAAUACGUUAUACGAUCACGAAAAAACGCGGAAAUUCGUGAUAAUAUCAUGAAAAAAGAAUCAAAAAAAUUAUGUUACUAUAUAACGAAAUUUCGUGAGACUGGGCUGGAUUUAACAGUGUUGAAGGUGUUGCAAAUUCUUUUGCACUUCCGUUUAGUCUGAAAUUAUUUAUUGGUUUAUAAAUUUCACUUAAAUAUUUAAGUUUAAUCAACUUGGAUUAACUAGUCAUUGUACUGACUAGUGAUGAGUUGCUGUAAGUUAUAAAAUAAAGUUGACAUAACUAAUUUAGCAAAUUCAACUUCAUUUUUUGUUUAAUUUGCAUCAACUUAUCACUUGUCAGGAUAGUUGAAUGACUCCUAGUUGAUUAAACUUAAAAAUGUAAGUAAAUUUUUUUUACAGUGUAUAAGCUAAAGAGGUAAGAGUUAGCUAUACAGUUUAGGCUAUUAACCGUUAUAUAUUAGCCGAGAAAGCUUGGCUUUUUAAAUUUUGGGAUUUCAACAUAAUUUUGCCAAAUAAAGACACAAUGACAGUAAACCGACAAAUUUUAAGUAUUCUCUUUGCAAAAAUAAUUUACAUUUAUUAAUGAAACCGUUUACUUAUCAAUAGUAUUUUCCUAAUGUCAUGUAACAGUUGUUUUUUGCUAAUAAAUGAUCCUGAACUGUGAUCCAUCAAUGAAA